GAUUUUCAAUAAUAUACUAUAUUUAUUUUUCUUAUUAUAAAUAAUAUUUAUAUUAUGGUGUAAUCUUAUUUUUAUCGUUUUCUUUCUAUUUUGAGAUUUAUGUCAAGUUAUAAGAUGAUAAAUCAUGACCCAUCUUUUAUCUUCUUCCUUUUUCGUCGUCCUUAUUCCCGAUGUCUUUAGACAGAAAAGGCCUCGCGCGCGGUUUCACGUCCGACGUAAGAGUCGCGGGCGAAGGGGAGCGUCGAGGCGCCGGCGCUAGCUAUUGAUUCUCUUGGAUACCGUGAUUUCAAAAGUUACUAUCACCAGCACACACUGGGGUGCCACCAGUGGCGAACCGCUCCUCGAUCGCGGACAAGGUCCUCGCGCGUUUUUCUCCUUUGGUCCCGGCAGGUCGGAUGGAGCGUCUGGAUCUUUUUGUUUGAUCAAGAGAUUGGAUUUGAGAGGGAUUUAAACCAAAAGGAAAAAGAUAUGGCGAACACGGCUCAUCUCGUUCGUCGACAAAGCUCCCGCGACCUCAAGCCCCAGAAAAGCGUCGAUAAGCUUGAGAUGAAAGAAAUGCGUGGUAGAUUAGUGGUGGAUAAUCGAAAGAACGUCGCCACUGCCAAUUACGGGGCCACGAACGCGGCCUUCGAAGAUACCAGUCCUAGCAAGAGCAAAACGGGAAACGGCCCGGGUCCUGGCAGCAACGACGGCAAGACUUUCAAGCCGGAAGCGGGCGAGGACGAGCGUGAAAAUUGGGAUAGCAAGCUCACUUUCCUCCUGGCAACCGUAGGAUACGCAGUGGGCCUUGGAAAUGUCUGGCGGUUCCCCUAUCUGGCCCAGAAAAACGGCGGAGGCGCUUUUCUAAUCCCUUACUUCGUGAUGCUGGCCAUCGAGGGUAUUCCUAUAUUUUAUCUGGAAUUGGCAAUCGGUCAGCGGCUGAGAAAAGGCGCCAUUGGAGUGUGGAAUCAGGUGUCACCGUACAUGGGCGGUAUUGGAAUCAGCAGCGCCAUAGUUUCCUUCAACGUGGCUCUGUAUUACAACACCAUUAUCGCCUGGUGUCUAUUUUACUUCGUUCAGAGUUUCCAAUCGCAGUUACCUUGGGCGGAGUGUCCCAAUAGGUACUUUCAAAAUGGAUCUUACGCGCCUGAACCCGAAUGUCUGGUCAGUAGCCCGACGCAAUAUUUCUGGUACCGAACCACCCUGAUGAUAUCCAAAGACAUCAACACGCCGGAAGUGUUCAACUGGAAGAUCGCUUUGGCACUGAUUAUCGCCUGGAUCCUCGUCUACAUGUGCAUGAUCAAGGGUAUCGCAUCCUCGGGCAAAGUCGUGUACGUAACCGCUACGUUCCCGUACAUCGUUUUGAUCAUUUUCUUCUUCCGAGGCGUGACAUUGACGGGCAUGUCGGACGGUCUGCGGCAUCUCUUCACGCCGAAGUGGUGGACGUUGACCGAUCCGGUGGUCUGGUUAGAGGCUGGAACGCAAAUCUUCUUCUCGCUGGGCCUAGCUUUCGGCGGUCUGAUAGCGUUCUCCUCCUACAAUCCGGUGAACAACAAUUGCUACCGCGAUGCUAUCAUGGUCAGUCUGACGAAUUGCUUCACAUCCAUGUUCGCGGGAAUCGUCGUCUUCUCGAUUAUAGGAUUCAAAGCCACUAUGGUUUACGAGCAAUGCCUGUCGGAAAGAAAUAGCACGUUAGUGAGUAUAUUUGGCCAGGACAAUAUACCUGAAAUAAUUCCGAUUCCCGGCACGCUGUUGAAUAUCACGAACAGCAAUAGAUCGCUGGAGAAUUUGAUCAUGCCGGAGUUGCCCGAGUGCGAUUUGGAAAAGGAAUUGGAUAAUUCAGCGUCGGGCACAGGCUUGGCGUUUAUCAUAUUCACAGAGGCAAUAAAUCAGUUUCCCGGCGCUCAAUUCUGGUCGAUACUGUUCUUCCUGAUGCUGUUCACGCUGGGAAUCGAUUCUCAGUUCGGCACUCUGGAGGGUGUCGUCACUAGUAUUGUUGAUAUGAAGCUCUUCCCGAACUUGAGGAAGGAAAUUUUGACAGGUGUGAUUUGUUUGGUGUGCUGCGUAAUCUCCAUGGCCUUCGCCCAUGGCGCUGGCAGUUACGUCUUCGUAUUGUUCGAUAACUUCAGCGGAAAUUUUCCGCUGCUCAUAAUCGCGUUCUUCGAAUGUAUAGGAGUGUCUUAUGUCUAUGGUUUGAAAAGAUUCGCUGACGACAUCGAACUGAUGACCGGCAAUCGGCCUGGCCUCUAUUGGCUAAUAUGUUGGAAGUAUCUCAGUCCGUUGGCAAUGUUGAGCAUCCUGAUCGCGUCCUUUGUCGAGAUAUUUUUCGAAGGAAGCGGUUAUCCGGCCUGGGUGACGAGUAAAGGUGUCACCGAGAAACACGACUGGCCUAUCUGGGCGCUAGUUCUCAUCGCUAUUCUCAUUCUCACUUCCGUUCUGUGGAUACCUGCAGUCGCGAUUUGCAGAUACUUUGGAAUCCUCAUCAUUGAUGACAACGAAAAGGCCUGGUUCCCCGCGGCGGAUCUGAAGGAAUUUCACGGAAUCGUGCCGCACGAAGUGACAGCGGCCGAAACAUUGCUAUUUUGCAUCAGAAGUGACGGCUCCGAAGGACUAUGCUGUCCUACAGGUGGUCCCAGCGACGACGAGGACGAGAAUCUCACCUAGGAUCGAUCUCGAUCGCGACGCGCGUUUCCACGGAUCAUCUCGCUUCGAGAAACGCUCCACUUCAUUCUGUGACGACUGUUGCUGCUUGAUCGGAAGUGGCUGCCAUUUAAUUUGGUGAACUUGGUCGAAUUGUAGUCAGCGCAUCCGCGUGGUAGGAUCUUGUAUUGUGUCAAUUAACGUUAAAGCUUCGACGGUAGAAGUCGUUUCUUCAUGGUGCAAAAGACGGAGGUACAUUCCUGAAAAGUAAAAAAAAAAAGCAUUUUCUUUCAACUAUUUUCAACAAUUAUUAGUCGUUAGAGUCAGAGUUUUUUCUUCGCACGUUUGACAAUUCUCUAAUUAAAGUAUUUAAGUAUCUGGUAACAUAGGUAAGAACAUAUAAGUAUUGAGAACAUUCCAAGUAUCUGAGUGUAUCUCCGACUGAAAGACAUAAGCCGUUUGCAAUCUUGUUUGUGAGUUUCUUAAAUAACGUUACUAUGCGAAAUAGCUUCCGAAGCUUCGCGGAUAAUAAAAGAAUAUUAGGCAACCAUUUGCACAAACAGUUUUUCGAAUGAACGGCACAAUCGCGCGUCGUAUUGACGGAAACGAGAGGUAAUCAUUUGCGGAAAGAUUGCCUGUUACGCGUUAACAAUGAAACAUUUAUUCUUUAGCGAUUGCGAUUAACAUGAAACUUAAAUAAGAUUAGCGGUAGGAGCCGUCCAGUGGACUUGGGUGAGUGUACCCGAAACGUUGUUUUUAGGUAGGUAGCCUUCGAUCACAGCAUUCGGAUCCUUAGAUCUAUGGAUAUUUGAAGAUUCAACACUUUGAGAAUCAAUGGAUCUAAAGAGACCUAAUGAGAUAUGAAUACUUUAAGAACGUAUAAGAUAAAAAUAUCCAGGUACUUACGAGCAUAUAAAGAUCCGUAGGGAUCUAAGAAUUCAAAUAUAUCAAGAUAUGUAAAUGUCAAAAAGGAUUGUGAGAUUCUCCCUCAAAGAUCUAAGGAUCCAGAAAUCCACGCCUGAAUUACGUGGGUUGAUAAUGUGACAAUAAUGAAUUCUUUUAGCAUAAAGAAGAGAAAAUUGAUGACAAUAAUUGGACUAAAUCAAUGCUUGACAAUAAUAUUAACGUUGCGCAGCAUGCGAUACACGUACAAGCCUGGGAAAAUCGAUAGGUAAUUGAUUCGGCCGAUAGAACCGGUUUCUUCGGACGAAGAGAGACUAUUAUCCAGGCCGUGUAGAUUAAUCAAUUAAUUAGUUUCACGUAGGUCAAUUAUUCUAAUUUCAAUCGUGCUGUGCGUGUUCAAAUUCGACCUGACGUGAAAAGUGUAGUAUAAAAAAAUAAAUGAUAGACAAUAUAUAUAUAUAUUGAAGUAAUGCAUCAUAGUAUUUGAUUAAAAAGAAAAAGGAAACUUAGAAUUCAGGUCGAAAUUGAACAUCGAAGGUGUCUUUAAACAUUCUAUGGAACCUUCCUGUUCGCACUUCUUUGCGACACUGUUCAGAUGACCUGAUAUCUUCCAGUGAUAUUUUCUCCAGUUAACUCUUUGCACUUUGAAUAACUUUCCGUGCUGAAUUAAGGAACAGAAUAUUAUUUUAUACAUUUAUCCUUAUCAUACUUCCAAUUACAUUCCAGCAGAAUAAUUUAUAGCAAUAACGAGUUUCGCAUACAUCACUCAUUACAAAUGAUUGAUACAAAUCUCGAUACAGAUAAUUAAUGAGAUUUGGUUGCUUUAUAUAUUGAAUAUUCUAGUGCAGAGAGUUAAUGAAUUAAUGACUACAUAAUCGGUUGUGGAGUAUUCGCCUAAAACGUACAAAUAUUAAUGCCGACAAUAAGUAGAAUUUCGUUCUUCCGAGUUAUUUAGUAAAUUAUUAUAUUAGCGAAGAUAAGCAGCAGAAACAUAAACUGCAUUAGCAAUGGUUAAGCGACUAAUUACAUAAACAAUGACGAUAGAAGUCAUCGAUUAAGUAAUGCCGGAAAUCGUCGACUAAUUAAUGACGAAAGACAAAUCAUAUCUUGAUAUCAUAUCAUUUGUUACAACGUAUGUACUAGUUUUUUAUCUCAUAUACUCGCUCGAUCUCCUUUCCGAAAUCUUUUGGAAGUGAAAGAACUUCAUUGAAGAUUGUUUUUGCUUUUUUUAAAGUCAAUAUCGUAUAUUUUUCUGACUAAACUUGACAAUUUUUUUCAACUUCUUUAAAUUUUAAUUCUUUAAAACAUAGUCAACAAUUAGGAAUUUAAUUAAAGAAUGAUAAAAAAAGGGGGGGAUAUGUCGCAGCAGCACAUUAUCACAAUGACUGCUGUGAAUCAUCAUUAAGGCUACAAAAAGUGAUCUAUCUUAUCAAGGUUUUGUUAAUCAUAUAUUCUGGAUGUAGCUUGCGCAAUAAUUCAAAAUAAUAUACCGAUAACGGACGGAUAAUAAUUAUUAUUAUUAUGUAUGAUUGCGAUGAUUGCGAU